AGAAACGGACGUAACGACACGAGUUGUUCGUAGGCAGUGGUCUGACUUGUCGGUCUUAAAAUGAUACUGUAAAUAGACAUGCCGACUCAGAUUAUAUACAACCAUGACUGCCAAGAAAGCAGGAACUCAUCUCUCUAACAAUGUUCUUCAGAUGAAGUUCAUGCAAAGAAGUGUCCUCAGGAUAGAAAAAGAACAAAAUGAAGAGGAACAACAGAAAGUCAUUGAUGAUGAACAUUGGGUACUAGAUAUACCAGAUUACAAAACUAAAGGGUCAUUAUUUCUACAAAAUCAAAGCUAUGUUGUUUGUGAAGGACUACGUUUUGGUCCACAGUCUUAUCAGGGAUUUAAUCCUGAAAUAGAGAAAAUAAUGCGACUACAAAGUGCUGAAGAAGAGGCGAAGAGGUCAGAAGAGAUAGAAAAACAAAACAGUGUCAGUGACCAAGAAAUGGUCAAUAGGUAUUCAUCACUAAUGGGUGUAAUAGCCAAGACAUUUGCGAAGAAACGCAACAGAAAUGAUGUGGCUGAAAAUGACGAGAGUGGAGAGCCCAGGUCCAAGAAAACUUUCAUGAAACCAUCAGAUGCGGGGG